AUGAAGGUCGCAAUCAUCGGCGCAGGCCCGAGCGGUCUUGUCUGCUGCAAAUCUUUGUUGGAGAAUGCGUCAGAGGAGUACCCCUUCGACCCGGUGGUAUUGGAACAAGAGGAAGACAUCGGUGGUACUUUCCGAUAUCGAGCGUAUGAGAACGCCACACUCGUGUCAUCCAAGCAGCUCACGUCCUUCUCGGACUUUCGAUUACCUCUCUCACAUCCUGACCAUUUGACGUUGGAGGAAUACGUUGAUUAUCUUCGUGAAUACGCAGAACACUUUCAGCUCCUCAAGCGCGUACAACUUGGCUGCAAGGUUGUCAGUAUCUCCAGAAACCCUCUAGGUGGCCACCGCAUAUCCUUCGUGAAACGAGUGAAAGAUGGCGAGGCAUGGACUAGUGAACCUGAGAUCCUGGAAGUAGCAUACGUUGCUGUCUGUACAGGUCUCCAUGUCGUACCAUCGAUACCCAAAAUACCUGGUAUAGAACACGUCCUGGAAAAUCGGGAGGGCGACACGGUGCCCGCUCGUAAGAUCUUCCACUCGGCACAGUACAAGUCGCGUUCACAACUUGCUGGUCGACGAAUUCUGGUGCUUGGGACCGGGGAAACAGGGAUGGACCUUGCGUACGAAGCCGCAAAGGCCGGUGCAAAAGAGGUCGUUCUUUGCUCUCGUGGUGGAUUCCUCUCGUUCCCUAAAGCCUUGAAUGACUUUGAAGUGUUUGGGAUCAAAUUUGAGUCUCCAGAUCCUCUGCCUAUCGACUCCUUAAUCACCAACCUAGCAGAAACAGCCUACGUCCAUCCGUGGGUAGCUGCAUCACAUUUGCGCUGGUUUGUCUCAGAUGCAGUCAUCAAGCGCGUGCUUUGGCUGUUGACCGGGACUCAAGCAGGCUGUAACCAAUGGGUCGGAGAGCUAGCACCGGAGCGAUUAGGUCGAGCCUAUGUCUUCCUGAACAAGUCACACAAAGCUAUGCCUUACAUCAAUCGCCCCUACCGCAAUCGACCGUUCUAUCUCGACUACCUGUCAAAGUAUAUUGACCCUCCAGAAGAUGCACAAUCCAAUUUCUCCGUUGAACUCGCACCUUUUCCUUCUCACGUCUUACCGAACGGGCGCGUCGUCUUUCCCCUGUCGAAGCGGAAGGACGCAAUGAGAAUGAUGGGUCGCGAUGUCCGGCCUGAUACUGUCAUCUUCGCUACGGGAUAUACCCAGCACUUCUCGUUCUUUGACGAGAAGGAUGAAUACGGAACACCGGCAGAGGCGGACAUCAGAAAUGUCGUCAAGAGUGGGGACGAGGGUGUGGCGUUUAUUGGUUUUGUGAGGCCUGGUGUUGGCGCUAUUCCCCCGAUUUCUGAGAUGCAGUCCAUGUUUUGGGUCUCACUUUUAAAAGGUCAGGUCAAACAGCCGCUGCCGCCGCCGCACUAUCAUCUUCUUGUCAAAGAGAAUGCGCGCAUCAAGUACGGCGUCGACCAUUCAACAUAUAUGUCAACUUUGGCGAAGGACAUUGGUGCCGCUCCUGGUCUCUUGGAUUUGUGGCGGACCUAUGGAACUCAUGUGCUUGUGUGCUACUGUUUUGGAGCAGCUUUCACUUCUUUCUACAGGCUGGUUGGACCUUACAAGUCGAAUGAUGUCGUGCCUGUGAUCAAGACAGAACUUUGGGAAACUAUCACGCGACGCGGGAUUCUAGGCAACCUUCUCAUGGGUGUGAUACCUAUGGUAUUCUACCUUGCAGUGAACGCUGCUGCAUAUGCGACGGAGAAGAUAUGGACGUUAUGUGGUGGGCCGCCGUUAUUUGAUGAGGCGUGGCAGAAAACUUGA